AUGGGAACGCGGAAAGACAAUAUGUUUAAGCGCGGCGUGCAGCGCUCAAAGAGCGAGUUCUUCCUCGAGCUCCUCGGCGUCGGCGAGUCCAAAUUCCUGAGCAUUUGGUUUCUGAUUGCCAUUCUGCUCGGAGUCGUUGCAAAUAUCACCGUCCUAAUCAGCUGCAUGUCCGCCAGUACCCGGACCGUAUAUCUCUUCCGCGUGAGCACUGAGGAUCUCAUCAACGCAGCCACCAACACGACGACCAUCUCGGCCGCCGACCUUCGCAUCGAUGGACUGCCGAAUCACUGGUACUGGGGCCUCUCUGGCGUGUGUACCGUCCACGGCAACACGAGCGAUGACAAAGUCUCGUGCAAGAAGUCGUUCCCUCCGACCAUGACCAUCGAAGACAUGAUCACCUUUGCCGUUACGACCCAAUUCGACGAAGACACCUCGUCCGCUGUCAUCGCCAAACACAUCAAGCCCUGGACGUCGGCACUCGCCCAAGUCGAAGACGACCUUGCUCCGGCCUCGCAACCCAAGACGUACUUCAAGGCUGCUGUCGCGCUGACUCUCGUCUCGACUAUCCUCUCGUUCCUGCUGCUUCCCCUGGGCAUCGCCUCCAUAAGCGUGCUGCGUGGUAGAUUACACCGCUGGAUUCUCUACGGCAUUGCAUUCCUCUCCGCCAUGGCGUUUCUCGGCGCGGGAAUCAUAGCCAUAUAUGCUAUGAACGACGGCCCGCGAGGGCUUAUCCAGCUCUCAGGCAUUGACCAGGGCAAUGAGCGGACGUUUAUCGGACCGGGUUUCUAUGUCCUGUUCGCGGGCGUGCUAUUCACCCUCAUCUCCAUUGGACUGUUCUUCUGCGUGGCUUUUAUUUUGGUGAUCCUGAUCGUCUUUGCCGUUAUGGCAUGCUUAAGCAGCGUCUGUGGCGGUGGCGGUUCAAGGAAGGGAGAUACAAGCUACAACAACUACGAAAAUCAUAAUUAUUACGGCGGCAGUGGUGGUGGUGCAGCAGUGCAAGAGUCGAGGCACAACCACUCCGAAACUCAUCCCAAUUAUUAUAGCAACUCUAAUUAUUACAACACUCGCAAGUGAUGGGUUGAGAUACAAGAG